GGAGUUCCCGGUAGAUACGUUCUGUUCGAUCCGUGCAUGCUCUUUUCUACAUGGGUGUGUUAGCGCUAAUUAUUACUCUGGCCAUGUUCCAGCCAUGCCUGCUCGCCAACGCCUCCAGCUCCACUGGAGGUGUGCAUCUAGGGUCCCAGCAAGCGGCCCUCCUCCAGUGGAAGUCCACCCUACGGAGCAGCUCAGCGUCGCUGGAUUCAUGGCGGGCCGGGACCAGCCCGUGCAGCAGCAACUGGACGGGCGUUGUUUGCGGCGCCGUGGCGCACCGUGGUCGCCGCGCCACGCCUCAGGCGGUGGUCCGCAUCGACCUGCCGAACGCCGGUGUCGACGGGCGCCUCGGUGCGCUCAACUUCUCGGCGCUCCCGUUCCUCCGAUACAUCGACCUCAGCUACAACAGCCUUCGCGGUGAGAUCCCUCGGUCCAUCGCCUCAUUACCGGAGCUCUCCCACCUUGACCUCACCGGCAACAGGCUCCAUGGGCACGUACCACGGGAGAUGGGCAGCAUGGGAAGCCUGACCGUGCUGUUGCUCUCCCUGAACAACCUCACAGGAACCAUCCCUGCGUCCAUUGGCAACCUAACUAGGCUAGUUCAGCUUACCAUCCACAAAACCUCGCUCAUAGGGUCCAUCCCGGAGGAGCUCAGCAAGCUCACCAGCCUAGAGUAUUUGCAGCUAAGUGGCGACUUACUGAGCGGCCGGAUACCGGAAAGCCUUGGCAACCUGACCAAGCUAAGCCUCCUGCGCCUUUACGACAACCAGCUAUCAGGUCCCAUUCCGUCCACUCUCGGCAACCUUGUUGAGCUGCAGAGUCUCCAGCUCAGUAGGAACCAGCUCGUAGGCCGUAUCCCACCGAGCCUGGGGAACCUUAGCGCACUCUACGAAAUCUGGAUGUACGAGAACGAGCUGGCAGGCUCAGUCCCAGCUGAAAUUGGCGCUUUGGCGGGCCUGCAGACGCUGCAUUUAGCCGAGAAUCUCAUUUCAGGUCCAGUCCCUGAAACUCUCACCGGCCUCACGAAUCUGAACAUGCUCCAGAUCUUCAGCAACAAGCUCUCCGGUCCUCUGCCUCUAGGGUUUUCAAACCUUAGCAAGCUGGAAGUGCUCGAUCUUGCCAAUAACUCUUUCUCGGGAGACUUGCCCUCUGGGUUCUGCAAUCAGGGGAACCUCAUACAGUUCACUGUCUCCUUGAACAUGUUCACCGGCCCUAUUCCCAGAGACAUCGAGACAUGCAGGAGCCUGCAUAUACUUGACGUGGCUUCCAACCAACUCUCAGGAGACGUAUCAGGUCUGGGGCCAUACCCGCACCUUUUCUUUGCGAACCUGGAGAGAAACAGCCUCCAUGGACGCCUGUCAGCAGAGAGCUGGGCCUCGAGCAUCAACCUGACCAUCUUCGACGUGGCCAGCAACAUGGUGACCGGAAGCUUGCCGCCUGAGCUAUCAAGGCUAGUGAAGCUGGAGGAACUGCUUCUCCACGACAACAACAUGACCGGCAGCAUACCGCCAGAGUUAAGCAAUCUGACCAACCUGUACUCGCUCAGCUUGUCACAGAACCAAUUCUCAGGCAACAUCCCGCCUGAAUUCGGUCGGAUGAGCAGCUUACAGUACCUUGAUAUACAGCUGAACAGCCUUAGUGGGCCGAUACCGCAGGAGCUUGGCAGCUGCACUCAGCUGCUGUUCUUGCGGAUCAAUGGCAACAGGUUGACCGGGCAUCUGCCGGUAACCCUUGGAAGCCUGUGGAAGCUGCAGAUUGUGUUGGAUGUCAGCAGCAACGAACUCACGGGUGAGCUACCGCCGCAGCUUGGGAACCUGGUGAUGUUGGAGCUCUUAAACCUCUCCCACAACAACUUCAGUGGCAGCAUACCUUCCUCCUUCUCCAGCAUGGCUAGCUUGUCAACCCUUGACGUCACAUACAACGACUUGGAAGGCCCUCUUCCAACGGGGCGGCUGUUUUCAAAUGCCUCGUCACCAGUAACAUGGUUCCUCCACAACAAUGGCCUCUGCGGAAAUCUCACCGGGCUUCCAGCAUGCUCUUCACCUCCAACAAUAGGGUACCACCACAACAGUCGAAGGAGGAGGACUCGCAUCUUGGUUGCAACGACCAUUUCUGUUCCCUUGUGCAUGCUCACCGUUCUUUUUGGAAUCAUUGUGAUCAUCCGCAGAAGCGAUAAACCACACAAGCAGGCAACAACGACGACCACAGCUGGUAGAGGUGAUGUGUUUUCGGUGUGGAAUUUUGAUGGAAGACUAGCAUUUGAGGACAUCGUUCGGGCGACAGAAAACUUCAGCGAGAGGUACGUUGUUGGGUCAGGCGGGUGUGGAACCGUCUACAGAGUUCAGCUACAAGGGGGCAGACUGGUUGCAGUGAAAAAGCUCCAUGAAACUGGAGAAGGUUGUGUUGUCAGUGAUGAGGAGAGAUUCACGGGUGAAAUCGAUGUGCUGACAAGGAUCAGGCACCGAAGCAUUGUCAAGCUAUAUGGGUUUUGCUCCCACCCAAGGUACAGAUUUUUAGUGUACGAUUAUGUCGAUAGAGGGAGCCUUCGCGCGUCCUUGGAAAACGUGGAGAUCGCAGGGGAGCUGGGCUGGGAGAGACGAGUCGCCAUUGCAAGGGACGUUGCUCAAGCUCUGUAUUACUUACACCACGAGUCUUGCUUGACACAGAAUUUAAGGCUUACGUUUCAGACUUCGGCAUAUCAAAGAUCGUAAGACCUGAUUCGUCAAACUGGAGCGAACUAGCAGGAACAUACGGUUAUAUAGCUCCAGAGCUUUCACACACGCCAGCGGUGACGACGAAAUGCGAUGUCUACAGCUUCGGUGUGGUUCUGCUGGAGAUAGUGAUGGGGAGAUACCCUACUGAGCUGCGGUCCAAUAAUUCACUGCAAGGACAGCAUCACCAGCUUGCAACGGAGACUUUGGACAAGCGUCCAUCAUCGCCAACAUUAGCGGAGAGGCACGAGAUUUCUCUGCUUGUCCAAGUAGCACUUGCAUGCCUGCAACCUUCCCCCAAAUCGAGGCCAGAGAUGCAGGAAGUUUAUCAGAAACUGACUCAUGACCAUACUUAAGGCUAGUCUGAGAACUCUAUUUUUCUAAGGAUUUUUUAUUUUCCCAAGAAAACAUGAACUAAUUUCUUUUGAAAAAAUAAAAAUCUUUUAGAAAAAAAUAAGGUUCCCAAAGUAGCCUUUACUGUUCUUUUGCCACAUCUUCUUGUGACCUUACACUGAAAAACUAAAGCGAUUUUUAUGUCCUUAACAAACUCAUAAUCUUCCGUGACAAAAGAAUUGUAUUUAUUUAAAGCUAGACAAUAUUUGGAAGGAAAAAGGGGAAUCGAUUUGAAGAACAUUUGGAAGGAAAAACUGCUGCCCCAGCCUUCGGUUUCAGUGAUCGAUGUGGCUGCAACUGAAUAACCCAUUGAUAAAAAAACAGGUAAUAAGUGAUGUUUACAACGAACUAUUCCAAGUUUACAAACGACUUG